UGUCCCCUGUCCACCCCCUGUCCACCCCCUGUCCACCCCCUGUCCACCUCCCUCUCCCUUGGUCUGCCCACCAGCUGCUUUGGAGAGAGCCUGGAGUGGCUCAGGCUGCUGAGGACCGGGAGUCCGACUGACAGGCACGUGCUGUGUUUUUCAGGGACGGAGGAGCUGGAGGAGGAGAAGCUGAAAGAGGGGUGUGAAGAAGAGGCGUCCGGGACACCCUUCCUCAGCGGGGGGAGAGGGGGCGGGCCCCCCAGCCCAGCGAGGAGCCCUGGGGGCCACGGACAAGCCCGGCACAGUGACGAAGGGGGGGGAGGGCACGGAGAAGAUCUGGGAGGGGCAAUCGACCUGCGGGGCAUUUCGGUGGUGGUGGUGGGCGGCGAUGAUGAUGAUGAUGAUGAUGAGGAAGAUGCAGGAGACACAGGAGCAAAGCUGGAGGAAGAAGAGGAAAGAGGAAGGACUUUCCGGCUGCCGCUGGCAGGCGAGCUCGGCGGGACCCCCGCUCCGCCGGUCAGGGGGCGCCGCUGCCCCCCGUACACCUGCGGCAGGUGUGGCCGGCGCUUCGCCUGCAAGUCCAACUUCAACCGGCACUGGAAGGUGCACUCGGGCGAGAGGCCCUACAGCUGCACCGUCUGCGGCCGGCGCUUCAGCCAGGUGUCCAACUGCCGGCGCCACCAGCAGGCACACCUGGCUCCGCCGGGACAGAGCGUCAGCCCGCGCGAGGAGGAGGGGGAGGAGGAGGAGGAGGAGGAGCAGGAGCAGGAGCAGGAGCUGGCAGGGAGCGAGGGUGAGCAGCGGGGGAGUCACGGGGGAGGAGGAGGAGGAGACGAGGAAGGCGGGGGCGCCUCCGAGGGCGAGCCUGACCGGCUGGGCGACGAGGAGGGCGAGGAAGAGGAGGGCCGAGGCGGGGCGCAGAGGGCAGGGGGGCCCCCCGGGGCCCGGCUGUACCGCUGCAGCGCCUGCGGGCGCCGGUUCACCUGCAAGUCCAACCUGCACCGGCACUGGAAGGUGCACACGGGCGAGAGGCCCUACAGCUGCCCCGUCUGCGGCCGGCGCUUCAGCCAGGUGUCCAACUGCCGGCGCCACCUGCGCUCCCACACCCAGGACCGGCCCUACCGCUGCCCGCACUGCGGCAAGACCUUCAUCCAGACCGUGCACCUGCGCAACCACCUGCGCACGCACGCGCCGCACCAGGCGCAGGGGGGCCGCGCCGGCGGGGGCAGGGCGGCCGCGAGGAGGAGGCGAGAGGAGCAGAGGGGGCCCCGCGGGGCCCGGGCGGGAGGCGGGCCGGCGCGGGAGGCCUACAUCUGCUCGCUGUGCGGCGUGACCUGCGGCUCGGUGCCCAGCCUGCAGAGCCACCAGGAGGUGAUCCACGGCAUCGGCACCGCCGGGGGCAGGCGGGCCGUGUGCCCGCUGUGCGGCCGCGUCUUCACGUCCGCCUCCAACCUGAAGAAGCACCAGGUGGUGCACUCCGGGCAGAGGCCCUACCGCUGCGAGGACUGCGGGCGCACCUUCAACCAGUCCGGCAACGCGCUGCGGCACCGGCGCACCCACCACGCCCCCGGCACCGGCGCCGCGCAGGGGGCGGGCGAGAGGAAGGGGGCGCCAGCGAGGAGAGCGGCGCAGAGGGCAGAGGUCAGAGCAGCAAAACAUGCCUCGGCUGGGGUCACGGCCCAAGACGACCUCCCUGACCCUGUGACAUCAUCGCCAGGGGCGGGGCUGGUAAAGGAGGAGUGGCCGGCAGCCAACCAAUCAGAAUCCAGAGACCUGGAGAGAACCGUCCUCCAGCCGCGGAGCAACCAAUCAGCAGGAAGAGCUCGGGGCGCGGGGGCCGGAGAGGAGAAGAAGGCGUCCCGGUGCGCGCUGGAAGCGGGGGAACCCCGAGACCCGCGGCCCAGUCCAGAGGGGUACCCCGCGGCGGCAGCGCCCCCUCUGGGGUGUGCGGAGCCCCCGUUCCCCUGCCGGGUGUGCGGGCGCAGCUUCCUGUCCCAGGGCAGCCUGAAGAUCCACGAGCGUGGGCACACGGGCGAGCGCCCCUACCGCUGCCCGCUCUGCGGCAAGGGCUUCACCAACACGCCCAACUUCACGCGCCACCUGCUGGUGCACACGGGCGAGAAGCCCUGGCGCUGCGAGGACUGCGGCCGCCGCUUCAACCAGAUCUCCAACCUCAACCGGCACCGGCGCAGCCACGGGCACGGCCAGCAGGGCGGCGCCGGCGCCACCAGCUCGCCGGCGGAGACAGCGCCCCCUGGGGAGCGGGCUUCAGAAGGGGUUCAGUCGUCUCCGAUGGAGGAGGGGGGCAGCGACGCUGGAGGUGGCGGCCGGGCGCUGGGUCCCCGGGCGGGCAUUGCAGAGAGGCGGCCGAGGCGGAAUAUGGCUGCUGUUUGCACAGCUGACGGGGGGUUCCUGCGCCAGGAAACGGGGGACCUGGCCCCCGGGAGCCCGUCGGCCGUGCUGGUGAACGGCAGGCGGAUUAAAGAGGAGGACACCACCCGGGACGAGUACGAGGCGGACGGGCAGAGCAGGCGCCAUGCCUCUGCGGAGCUCAGCCGCAGCCCGUCCCCGGCGAUCAAAGAGGAGCCGGAGGAAGACUUCUUUCAGAUACGGCUGUGCGAAGUCAAGGAGGACGUGGAUGAGAGGGCGGACAUCAAGGACGAGCGAGGCGGGCCGGACGAUGGAGACGCCGACUUCGUUAGCGGGGAGUGGAUUUCCCGUUGCGUGGAGUGUGACGAAGCCUUCGGGCGGAGAGACGCCUACCUGCGCCACCUGCAGGAGCACGCCGCCGCGCGCCACGGGCCCGCCCCCCAGCCGGAGGCCCCGCCGGCGGGGCGGAGCUACGAGUGUCCGGAAUGUGGGAAGACCUACGUCUCCUCUGCGUUCUUCCUCAAGCACCAGCGCUCCCACUGGGCGGCCUCCCAGCCUGCCCCCCCCGAGCCGGCCCGGCCGAAGGAGAGGGCCUUCCUGUGCCCGGAGUGCGGACGGUCCUACUCGCGCGUCUCGGCCCUGGAGGCCCACCGGCGCGGCCACGAGGUGCAGCUCUUCAAGCUGCCCCGCCCGCGCGCGAGGAGGAGGGCGAAGCCGCGGGAGGAAGAGGAGGGCGGGGUGAAGAAGGAGGGCCAGAGGCUGCCCGAGGAGUCCGACCGCGGGGAGGCGUUCCUCUCGGAGCGGGGCACCCACCAGCGCCUCGGGGCGCACGCCAAGCCCCCCGAGACGAAGGAAGGGAAGAGAGCGUUCGUCUGCCCCUCCUGCGCGAAGGAGUUCGUGAGCGCGGUCGCCCUCGGCACCCACCAGCGCUGGCACGCCCGGCAGGCGCUCGGCCGCGAGGGCACGCCGGCCCUCUGCGAGGACUGCGGGAAGGUCUUCUCCUCGCCCGCCUCCUGCAGCCCCGCCGCGCUCUACGCCCACCGCAAGGCCCAGCACUCCGCGGGCCCCCGCCCGGCCGCCGCCGGCGGCUUCGACCCGAGGAAGACCCUCCUGGGCCCCAAGAUGUACAGCUGCGAGGCCUGCGGGAAGGGCUUCUGGUCCCCCGUGGCCCUCCAGGACCACCGGCGGCGCCGGCACUCCUCCGACUGCAAAGCCGAGCCGCCGGGCGAGGAGCGGGCCGCCCCCCGGGAGGGCUUCCGCUGCGUUCCCAAGGUCCUCCGCAAGUGCGCCGUCUGCGGGAAGGCCUACCGCUCCCUGGCCUGCUUCCUCAAGCACCAGCGGGGUCACGCCGCCGGCGCCCCUGCGCCCCCCGGCGCCCAGGAGCCCUACAGCUGCCCGGAAUGCCGGAAGCCGUUCUCUCGCGCCACAGCCCUGCAGUUUCACAUGCAGAGCCACGGCUACCUGAUCGGAGACCGCGCUCUCGUCGCCGCUGCCUGGACCGCACUCCGGGCUUCGGGGGCAGACCCGCCUCCCAGCGCUAACGGGGGGUCCUGGGCCGGGCAGCUCCUCGGCAAGGGUAACGGCACGUCCUCGCGGUCCGAAGGGGUUCCGGGAUCGGAAGCUUCUGGACCGUCUCCCCCGCCGACUCCAGCCGCGUCCCCUGUCCCUGGGACGUUCCCGGCUCCCUUCUCCUCUCUCGGGGAGUCCCGGGACAGCGGCGACCCCUCGCCGAAGACUUCGGGCGGGCCGGGCGGGCGAGAGCGCCCGAAGAGGAAGAGGCGCAGGCCGCUCGCGUGCUCCGACUGCGGCGAGCGCUUCUUCCGGCCCGGCGGGCUCGGGGCCCACUGGUGGUACAAGCACUGCGGGGGGGAGGGCGCCCCGCCGAAGCCGUUCCCCUGCCCCGACUGCGACAAGAGCUACAGCUCGCAGGGCGCCCUGUACAACCACCGCAAGGGCUGCGGCCUGCCCAAGGCCGGGAGGAAGCUGCCCAGCCCCCGCCGCGCGCCCGCCCCGCCGCCUUCGCCCGAGCGCGCCGUGUGCCUCUACAAGUGCCCCAAGUGCGGCAAGGCCUUCUCCAGCCGGGGGCAGCUGCAGGCGCACGGGCAGCUGGCCAGCGCCCGGCCCCACUGCUGCGCCCUCUGCUGCCGGGGCUACUGGUCCGAGGCGCAGCUGCAGCAGCACCUGUCCUGGCACGACGAGGUGCGCCGCCGCCUGCCCGUCAGCCUGCGCUACCGCCUGGGCGCGGCGGCCGGCGGGGGGCUGGACCUCGCCUGCCGGCCCUGCGGCCGGACCUUCGACAAGUGGUCGGACCUGGACCGGCACCAGCUGGACUGCGGCCACCGGCCCGAGGAGGUGGACGACGCCCCCGGAGUGGAACUUCAGCCUCCUCCUCCCUCGGCCCCGUCGAGUCCUCCCCUGGACCCCCGGCCCCACGUGUGCCCCGAUUGCGGCAUGGGGUUCCCCUCCAGCCCCGUCCUCCAGCGGCACCGGGCGGCCCACUCGGGCCAGAAGCCCUUCCGCUGGUCCCUGUGCCCGAAAGCGUUCGCCCGGAGGCCGGGGCCGGCCGAGCGGAGCAGGGAACCUCCCCGGGAGCGGGGCGGGGCGGGCGAGGGGCCGCUGUCCUGCAUCGAGUGCGGGACCGCGUUCGGGCAGGAGAGCAAGCUGCACCAGCACUACAUCGAGCACGCUCAGGGCCGCGCCUGGGUGGUGGCCUUUGAUUUGAGGAGGGGAGCCCUGCGGAGCUCCUGCUCACAGCUGCUGCCGCCCCCCCGCUGCCUCGGGGACGAGAGGGCAGAGGCCAGCAGCGCGGGACUCCAGCUGAGCCCAGGUCCGCUCGCGGACGAGCUGGGCCGGCCCCUCGGGAGUUCGGGCCGCCUGCAGGUCCACGGCCAGCGAGCGCAGAGGGCUGCCAAGAAAAAGGGGGUGACGGAGGGGGACCCCCAACAGAGACGCCUCCGGAGGUCCAAGAUCGGGAAGGGCGGGGGGGAGCAGCCGGCCGGGAGUGGGGAGGAGGAGGAGGAGGAGGAGCUGUCAAUCAGGGGGCGCGCGCGCGAGGGGAAGCCGGUGUACGUCUGCUCCGUCUGCGGCAAGGUCUACUCCUACCUGGAGUCCUUCCGCAACCACCAGAAGCUGCACCGGUGCCAGGCGUGCGCCAAGGGCUUCGAGGACCGCGCGCAGCUGGAGCGCCACCUGCGGCGCCACGACCUCAAGCGCCACAAGUGCGACCUCUGCCACAAGGCCUUCCGCGUGCCCGCCGAGCUGCGCUACCACCGCAACACGCACACCGGCGCCCGGCCCUACCGCUGCGAGCUCUGCCAGAAGACCUUCUCCCAGCUCGGCAACCUCAUCACCCACCGCAAGAAGCACCUGGGCGUGUACCGGCUGCACGCCGGCGGCAGGACGCCCCUGGGCGCCGCGCGGCGCUGCUCCGGCGGGCGGCAGGUCAGCGAGAUGAAGGUGCUGAUCGUGAAGGCCGGGCAGGGCGGGCAGGAGGUCGUGGAGGAGGAGGAGGAAGAGGAGGAAGACGAGGAGGUGCAGGUGCUGGCGAGGUUGAGGCAGCAGCGGAAGAGGAAGGCGGCGAGGAGGAGGGAGGAGCAGGAGGCGGGGGUGGCGGAGACCGGCGCCACCGAGGAGGGCCCCGCCGGCGCCGUGGAGCUGCGCUGCUUCGAGUGCGGCGCCCUCUUCGCCUGGGAGGCCGAACUGCACCUGCACUACAUGCGCCACGCCAGCGGGGAACUGUGACGGCGCCUGCGGGUAGACCAUUAAACAGAAACCCCAGGGCUGACAGGUUUUUAGAGAUGUGCUGCAAACGAACUUAUCAGAAAGGUGGAAACUGCGUGACUGUUCAGUGACCACGGAUUAAAACACACUUGUGCCUCUGCUGGCUCUCUUGUCAUUUGGCCCCAGUGUUGAAGGUCAGGAGGCUCCAUUUCAUGUUCCCUCAGGUGGGGUUUUGCAUGAGAUCCAGGUGAUGCCUCUCUGUGAUUUACACACCUGGAGAGAGAGAAUGAUCAAGGCAGGAAGCCUGAUAACGACACUCAUCUGCACCGAGCUGCGUCAGCUCAGCUGCAGCUUCUGCAACCUCAGCUCUGUCCUGGGGAGCUGUGAUUCAAGACUGUUCUGGAGACAGAAAGGAGGUGCAGGGGGUUCCCCCAAUAUCUCUGAGUAACCAGAUGCGCGAUUGGCGUUUGACAGGCAGAACAGAACCUGCUGGAUGCCGUGGCCCCUGAGGGCUGGAGUUGGGGGCCUCCCUGCACCCGUCCCCUCUGCCUGCAUGCGCGCUGUCCUGUCCUGUCAGUGCUGGUCAAUGCCUUGCCUACUGUGAAUUUAACAGGACUUGUUUGGUCACUGCUGUGUGCCUCCAGUGACUUUUGAAUAUGACCUAUGAAUAUUUUUUUAAGAAAUACUUUGUUCAGAAAGUUUAUAUCUCGUUCCCUUAAAACAUGUAUUUUGGAGAUUUCAAAGGGCUUCUAAUUCUUAUGAAAUAAAAUUGAUAAUUUUCUGCA